GAGAGGAGACCAGAGUGCCAAGGACAGGAGUGUCCCCGGAGCAACAGGAGACCUGGGCUGGGAAGGAGGUGAUCGGUGAUUGGAGGCCUGGCUGUGGGGGACAUCGGCCGCCUGGGGGACCUCUGGUCACCUGCAUGCGUCCCCACAUGGACAUGGGCUCCAGUGGCCACACCUCACUGCUCCUGCUUCCAGUGUUGCUUCUGCUGCUGCAGGGAGAGAGCCACCGGUCCCUACGGCGAUCCAAGAGAAGAUGGGUUAUUACCACCCUGGAACUGGAGGAGGAAGAUCAAGGACCCUUUCCCAAACUUGUUGGUGAGCUGUUCAAUGAUAUGUCUCAUAACAUGUCAUUAAUAUAUUUAAUCAGUGGACCUGGUGUGGAUGAAUAUCCGGAGAUUGGUUUGUUUUCUGUAGAUCACAGGAACGGACGAGUGUAUGUUCACCGCCCUGUCGAUCGAGAGACAACACCAUCUUUUAUGGUUUAUUUUGAUGUUGUGGAUCGCUUAACAAGAAAGGUCAUGGAUGAUUCCUUGAUUUUCAACAUUAGGAUCAGCGAUGUGAACGAUCACGCACCCCAGUUCCCUGAGAAGGAAUUCAACAUCAGUGUGAAGGAGAACCACCCUGCAGGUCAACCCAUUUUCCAGAUGUUAACAGUUGAUUUGGAUGAAGAAAAUACUCCAAAUUCUCAAGUCCUUUAUUUCCUUAUUUCUCAAACACCGUCACUGAAAGAAAGUGGCUUCCAGAUUGACCGUAUUAGUGGAGAAAUACAACUCUCAGGAUGCUUAGAUUAUGAGACUGCUCCGUGGUUUACACUACUAGUUGGAGUGAAGGAUUUGGGAGAACCUCCCUUGACAUCCACGGCCAUGGUUCAUGUGAACGUGCAAGAAGGCAACAACCACAGGCCCACGUUUACCCAGGAGAAUUACAGGAUUCAGAUUUCUGAAGGCUGCACAAGCCAGAGCAUGUUGCGUCUCCUGGUCCAAGAUGGUGACUUGCCAUUUACAUCAGCUUGGAGAGUAAAAUUUCACAUACUGAAUGGCAACGAAGAGGGACAUUUUGACAUUCUGACUGACCCUGAGACCAAUGAAGGAAUUUUAAAUGUGAUCAAGCCAGAGAAGCAGCAGGUGCUCAUGAAACCCUCUCUCUGGGACUCGCAGCCCUUGGAUUAUGAAACUCGCCCUGUACGAAGCCUUGUCAUCACCGUGGAGAACGAGGAGCCGCUCUUCCUCUGUGAGGGGGGCCAGGUCCAGGGGCCCCGGGGGGCGGUGGUGAGCACCACUGUGAGUGUGCAGGUGAUGGACGUCAAUGACCCACCAGCCUUUCACCCCAGGAGCUUUGUCGUCAGUGAGGUCGACGGUGCCAGGCCUGGAAUUCAGCUGGGAAUUUUCAAUGCUACAGAUCCAGACAGAGCUGCCGGCCGGAUAAGAUAUAAACUGGCUUAUGAUCUGGCAAAUUGGGUGACCAUAGAUGAACUCUCAGGAACAGUGACCACCAGGCAGCAAAUUGACCGAGAAUCCCCUUAUGUAAAUGAUAGCUUUUACAUAAUCAUCGCGCAUGCUGUUGAUGAUGGCCUCCCGCCACAGACUGGGACGGGGACCCUGAUGCUUUUCCUGUCCGACGUCAACGACAACGCCCCCGCUCUCCAUCCCCAUUCUCGAUAUGUGGAAGUCUGUGAGUCUGCACUGAAUGAGACCCUCCUCCUCCAAGCGGAGGAUGGUGACCUGGAGCCCUAUGCAGACCCCUUUACAUUUGAGUUGGACAAUUCGUGGGAAAGUGCAGGAGACACAUGGAAAUUGGGGGAAAAUCGGGGUCGGUCAGUUGAACUUUUAAUGUUGAGAAGCCUCCCACUGGGUAAUUACUCGGUGCCACUGGUCAUCAGAGACAAACAGGGACUUUCCCAGAAGCAGACUGUCCAUGUAAGGGUCUGUUUCUGUCCCGGUGGAGUCUCGUGUGUGGAGGCAUCAGUCGCAGUCACAGGAACUGGGCUCCUCGUGGGCACCCUGGCCCCUCUCUGUGCAGCAUUCAUGAUUCUGGCAGCCACUCUGCUGUUUCUGCUGCGAUACUAUUUUGUAUCCGAAGUCAGGCUCAGAAGCUCUGAGGAAGGCCUGCAGACUCUGAACAUGUAUAACGAUGAGAGCAAAGCCAUUUCAACCCAGGAAAGGCCAGAUAUCAGGGCUCAGGUGCCAGUCCUAUUGCUCAACAUAGCUGAGGCCGGGGCUGAGCUGGGUCCUGAGGAUCUACAGGACAUGUUACCACCUGCAGCAAGAGCACUGGACAAGGAAUACUUUGUCUCGGGGACUUCGGUGCAUUACAGAAGUUCACUACCUGUUGUGGGUUAUGACAUGCUUUUUGAGCCAAGAGGAGUAAGAAAUGAAUAUUCUACUCCUAAGCGCUGUGGCACGGACGUGCUCACAGGUGACACUGGGGACCCGCCGCACGUCUACGUGGAGGAGGGAGAGUGUGAAAGGGCAGAGAGCCUCAGUUCUCUUACCUUCUCAGAGCCAGACCUGUGGGCUUCAAAGGCUGCUCCACUUGAAGAAAUAUAUUCUAAGUCAAGUGUUCUUUCCUAAAAAAGCACAUUUUGGAGAAGUGGAAUCAUUCAUGGAGGGUAAUCACCAUUCAAGGACAUUCUUCUCCCCCCCCCUUCCUCCUCCUUAAAACCCUCCUCUCCCUAACACGAGGGUAACCACAAGCCUGGAUUAAAUGCUCUGAUAUUUUCAGAGCAGAAGUCUUGAACCAAAGCAAAACAACAGGUCAUGCGUUUUUUUUAAUGUGAAUUUUACAUUCACAUUAAAUCUUAAUUGUGUAAUACCUUGUUUCUAUUAGCAGCCCUGCUCUGAGGGGAAAUGAAAUGAUAACUUAUAGAUUAUAUAGCAAUUUGGUAACAACAGGUAAUACUGGGGAAAAAUGAAAAUGGAUUGCUUUUAGUAACUAUGUACCUUUCUAUAAUUAUGAUUCUGCUUCAGUUUAAGUAAUAAAAUAGAUGCAUAGGGGAAUGUCUUUUGUAAUAUUUGUGAUCAGUAUUUUUAGUGGUUGCCAAGAAAUAAAUAGAUUCUUUUUCACUUUUUGAGUAAAUAAAUAUCUUCUAAGACAAA